GCCUCGUACGUACAGGAGAGUCCCUUUUGGGCUUUUGAUCCUACCAUUUGUAAUCCAGCUCAUGGGCCUUCCCAAAAGAUUUUGCGAGCAGGGAAGUCUCACGUGCCUGUAUGUAUGUAUACAACUGCACACUGCCAAAACAUCAAUCUUUAAACUGGUUUAUUGUGAAUGAUAUUGUUUCUUUCCUUUAAUGAUGUUAUAAAACAACAUAAAUGUUCUACGAUAGAAAUGACCUCACAUGUUUUAAAAUCCCAAGCUUGGUGGGCAUUACUUAUAAUAAUUAUUUCACCGUAUCAAAAUGUUGUUAUUCUGGCGGUUCAUGAUCAUGUUGUUCCUAUCCGGAUUGUUGAAAUUUUCGUGGGAGAUAAUCCGCUUUACGGUUAUUCCACCACGAAGCCGGCAUAUGAUGUGGCCUUCCGGGAAGUUCUACCAACGUAUCCGCGUGUUAGUCAGAAUCUGACAACCGUGGUUAAAUAUCGUCCAGGUAACUUCACUUGUGGGGAGGCAGCUGGGGAAAUGGUCGUUCUGAUGAGCGAAAUGUGGAAUAUGACUGUGGACAGACAGACGUCCGGACCAGUCAUUCUGUUGGCCCCAGGAUGCAGCACCGAAGUCAUUCCAGUCGGCGACUUUGCUCGAGAAUUCCAGUUCCCAGUUCUUGCUAGUUCGGCUUCGAUGGACAUAUUUAGUGACAAACGGCGUUUUCCAACAGUCAUGGCACUGGGAGCAGCAGCCGUUGCGGCGGUGUCGCAAUCGUUGCAGCUGCUGCUGGAGCAGCGAAACUGGACAACUUUGAGCAUUCUCUGUCACCGGGAUUCCGACGAUCCCCUUCUGCCUGAGCGAUGCCUGUUCAUAAGCCGUUUUCUUGCUAAAUAUCAGUCGACAAUCAAUCCUUUAAUUAUUAAUAUUGUAUCCAGUACAAGUACCGAGAUCAGCGAUGCGCUGGCACAAGCGAAAUCCUACAGUUCCGUCAUCCUGAUUCUGGCGCUUCUUGACUACUGGAAACUUUUCAUGGUAACACACCACCGUGUAACUGAAAAAAUUAUGAUUAUUUUAGUGAUGAUGGGUUGCGUUUUAAUUUAUUAA